ACGCAACCCCAAGAGGUAGCACGCCCUUACCCGUAGGGAGCGUUUCCGCCAUUUUUGAAAAUUGGUAAGGUCCUGGUUUUAAGUGUAGUUGCCGACGCAAUGGCAGCCUUUGCCGUGGAACCUCAGGGGCCCGCGUUAGGAUCUGAACCAAUGAUGCUGGGUUCACCCACAUCUCCAAAGCCAGGAGUUAAUGCCCAGUUCUUACCUGGAUUUUUAAUGGGGGAUUUGCCAGCUCCGGUGACUCCACAACCUCGAUCAAUUAGUGGCCCUUCGGUAGGAGUAAUGGAAAUGAGAUCACCUUUACUUGCAGGUGGGUCACCACCACAACCAGUUUUACCAGCUCAUAAAGAUAAAAGUGGCGCUCCACCAGUUAGAAGUAUAUAUGAUGACAUUUCUAGCCCAGGACUUGGAUCAACACCUUUAACUUCAAGAAGACAGCCAAACAUUUCAGUAAUGCAGAGUCCUCUUGUUGGAGGUACAUCUACUCCUGGAACAGGGCAAAGUAUGUUUAGUCCAGCAAGUAUCGGUCAGCCACGAAAGACAACAUUAUCUCCUGCCCAGUUGGAUCCUUUUUAUACUCAAGGAGAUUCUUUGACUUCAGAAGAUCACCUCGAUGACUCUUGGGUGACUGUGUUUGGGUUUCCUCAAGCAUCUGCGUCCUACAUAUUACUACAAUUUGCACAGUAUGGGAAUAUCUUAAAACAUGUGAUGUCUAAUACAGGAAAUUGGAUGCAUAUUCGUUAUCAAUCUAAACUGCAGGCUCGGAAAGCCUUAAGCAAAGAUGGGAGAAUUUUUGGAGAAUCCAUCAUGAUUGGUGUAAAACCAUGUAUUGACAAAAGUGUUAUGGAAAGCAGUGACAGAUGUGCUUUAUCAUCUCCAUCUUUAGCCUUUACACCACCAAUCAAAACUCUAGGUACACCAACACAACCUGGAAGUACUCCUAGGAUUUCUACCAUGAGACCUCUUGCUACAGCAUACAAAGCCUCUACUAGUGAUUAUCAGGUUAUUUCUGACAGACAAACGCCAAAAAAAGAUGAAAGUCUUGUAUCCAAAGCAAUGGAGUACAUGUUUGGCUGGUAGUAGAAGACCAAGGAGGAGGUUGCUACACUAAAACCGAGUUAGCAGAGUGCUGCUGGUUCCUUCGGUUAGUUAUAUAACCGUUCCUGCAAUAUUGGAUAGCUGUCUCAUACUUCUUUUAGAAAGAAGCCUUUUUCAUUAAGGAUACAGCCUUUUUGUAGCUCGCACUUUAAAAGAUGCUUGAGAUACAUUUUAAAGAAAACUAAAAAUCCCUGUGAACAGGAUUUUGUGCUUUCUGUAACAGUGCAUGCUUCAGCACGGAAAACUCAGCAUUGAUUAUUGUAAAUUAAAUAACUGAAAUUGUGGUGAGACUUCUUAGUCUUCAUGAGAAAGUGGGGGUGAAUUUCAUGAAGGGGAACUGUAGUUAUUUUUACACAAAGAUUAUAAUUAGCAAUUUGAAUUAUGGUCUUUUAAUUUAGAUAGUAUUUAAUAUUUUAAUUAUCCUUGUUUGUAUAUGUCCUGUCACAGAAUGUCCUCUUGAUGUAUUCUAAAAUGAGCAUUCUUUUUAAAAACCUACUACUAAAGUUUCUUGAUAAUAAACAUUGUCAAUGAUA